AUGGUGCUGGGCCUGAAAUCAUCAAAGCAGAAAAGGGGAUCCUUUGUAAGAGCCGAAUACAUAGUUCAGGUGAAGGAGAUCCGGCCAUGGCCCCCAUCUGAGCCCCUCAAAUCUAUCCAAACUGUAUUCCUCCACUGGGAAAACGGCAAUGACAACUCGGGGUCAUUCAUCUCUGUGGCCGGCCACGCAAACAUCGCGUUUGACGAGUCGUUCAUGCUCCCCACCACCUUCCACCACAAGAAAUCGGGCAACAAGUUCCGGAAUAACUACUUGGAGUUCAGGCUGAAGGAGCCCCGUAAGGGACAACUCCUGGGGACGGCAGUCUUUAACCUCACAGAUUAUGCCUCGAUCGAGGAGGAUGUGAAUGUUGAUGUUGAUGUGCCUUUCGACUUUAACAACACUCCACACACCCAACCAGCUCUCGCCAUCACUCUACAGCUGCUCGGGAGGGGAACCACUUCUUCUGCCUCGUCCCCAGGUGUCGGCUUUUUCUCUAAUGAUGAUGAAGAUGAUUCCGACGACCUCUCUUCUUCUCACUCUUCAACGACUAAUGCCUCUUCAUCUUUUGAGCCUUUUAUUGACGACAAGAAUGGAUUCGACACUCAAAAAGAUGGAAACAAGAGAACACAGAAUGCAUCAUUAGACACUUGGAACAAAGUAAAGGACUACGUCUCGCUUUCCAAAUUUUCCGAACGAAGCAUGUCGUUUGUCAAGAAGAACUCGGCCGCCCCCUUGGUUAUAUCUUCUCCCAUAUCAGUCACCUUACCGGACAAUGAGAGGUUCAACAGCCUACUCAACAAAACACAUCACGAUACCCAACAAACUGUGGAAGACAAAUCAAAAUCACUGCAUGCUGGCUCAGACGAACAGAGUAAAUUAAAAGAGAAAUUCUCCGAAGAUGCUUCUGGAAGGCCGGUUACAUUGAGGAGUGAUACUGUCGUUCCGAAUAGGAAAGGACAAGGAAUUCCACCAUCAGGCAGCAACAAAGCCCGGUUAAAGCACGCGAAGUCCGUACAAAUACAUGGUUCAGUUAAAGGAAACGGGUUUCCAGCAGACACGGACAUACCAAAUGGUUCCCAAAACAAAGGAGGCGAUAUUAGUCUGCCGGCAGAAUGUAAAGAUUCGAAAACUGAUGUCUUUGAAUGGAAAACCAGGGCUGAGAUGCUUGAGGAGGAACUGAAGGAAACAGCAGUAAUCGAGGUCGCUUUAUACUCGGUGGUAGCCGAGCACUCGAGUUCGGUCAACAAGGUUCAUGCUCCAGCUCGGAGGCUCUCGAGAUUUUAUAAGAAUGCUUGCUUGGCCGGGUCUCAAGCUAAACGGGCUAGAGUAGCUAGAGCUGUUGUAUCUGGUCUAGUCCUGGUUUCUAAGGCGUGUGGGAAUGAUGUCCCCAGGCUAACCUUCUGGCUAUCGAAUGCAAUAAUGUUGAGAUCAACUGUUAGCCAGAUUGCUGCAGAGUUGCCACAUUUGAACGGACAAAGACAGCAACAAUCUACUCCAAUUCAAGAAUCUGACAACUGUGAAGAUGUCUUGACAAUGAUUAUCGCUCUUGAAAAAAUCGAGUCUUGGCUCUUCACUAGAAUUGUUGAUUCCGUAUGGUGGCAGACGUUUACGCCUCAUAUGCUUCCGACAGUCGAGCAAGGCAGUCAAAGAGAGAGAAUAACCAGAGGAGCAAAGAAAGCGAUUAAUGGAAGACGAAACUAUUUGGGUGACCAGGGAAGUUUCUCCAUCGAAAUAUGGAAGAAAGCAUUCAAAGAUGCAUGCGAAAGGCUUUGUCCGAUUCGGGCAGUCCGGCAUGAAUGCGGCUGUUUGUCUGCACUUAUCACGCUGGUCAUGGAGCAGUUAGUUAACAGGCUUGAUGUGGCUAUGCUCAACGCCAUUCUGCGCGAAUCAGAUGAGGAGAUGCCAAUGGAUCCUGUAUCUGAUCCGAUUACUUACUCGAAAGUACUUCCAGUGCCGGCUGGGAAAUCGAGCUUUGGAGCUGGUGCCCAGUUGAAAAAUGCUAUUAGGAACUGGUCAAGAUGGCUUAGUGAUCUGUUUGGAUUAGAUGAUGACGACGAGUUAAGUGAGGAUAAGAGAACAAAAUGUUUCAAGGCGUUUCGACUCCUCCAUGGAUUGAGUGAUCUCAUGAUGCUUCCUUUUGAGAUGCUUGCUGAUAUUUCCACCAGAAAAGAGGUUUGCCCGAUGUUUGGUCCGGCUAUAAUCAGAAGGGUUGUAGACAAUUUUGUUCCGGAUGAAUUCAGUCCCAAUCCCAUUCCACGGCACAUAACCGAUGCGCUUGAUUUAGAGGAGAAUAUAUCAGAAGAGUUGAUCAGCAGCAUCCCAUGCACGGCAGGCGGCACUAAAUACAUACCUCUGCCUGCAGCUGUAGUUAUUAGGUGUUUGGGAGAAGUUGGAAAGCAGAGCAGCCGGUUAUGGUCACACACGAGCAAUGAUGAGGUUGAUGAGGUUGAUGAGGUUGAGUCUCCCUUGACUUCAAUUAUUCCGGAUAGCCACCAUCCCACAUCGGCUUUAGCCAGACUCAACUUGAUGCCUAAGGAAAAGAUCAUGCGCUAUCAGCUGCUUCGUGCGAUAUAUGAAAAUUAG